GCGGCCGCAUCAUGGCGCGGUGGUGGGGCCUCCCGGCCCUGCUGGUGGUGGUGCUGCUGCUGUUCGGCCCCGGCUCGGCCGUCGCCAUCUCCUUCCAGCUGCCCGUCAACUCCCGCAAGUGCCUCCGUGAGGAGAUCCACAAGGACCUGCUGGUGACGGGCGAGUACGAGAUCACCGACACGUCGGGGGGCAGCGGGGGCCUGCGGACCCACCUGAAGAUUACAGACUCUGCUGGUCACAUCCUGUACUCCAAGGAGGAUGCAACCAAGGGGAAAUUUGCCUUCACCACCGAGGACUAUGACAUGUUUGAGGCGUGCUUUGAGAGCAAGGGAACAGGGCGGACACCUGACCAGCUCGUGAUCCUAGACAUGAAGCAUGGAGUGGAAGCGAAGAAUUACGAGGAGGUUGCUAAAGUCGAGAAGUUGAAACCCCUCGAGGUGGAACUGCGGCGCCUGGAGGACCUCUCAGAAUCUAUUGUUAAUGAUUUUGCCUACAUGAAGAAACGGGAGGAAGAGAUGAGGGACACCAAUGAGUCAACGAACACCCGGGUCUUGUACUUCAGCAUUUUCUCCAUGUUCUGUCUCAUCGGACUGGCCACUUGGCAGGUGUUUUACCUACGCCGCUUCUUCAAGGCCAAGAAGCUGAUCGAGUAGUGAGGCAGUUCCCUCCCACCCCCGCCUCUGAGCCAGCAGGACACCGCUGGGGCGGGCCUAGCCCGAGUCGCCCGCAGAUGGCAUCACCCCAGCACGCCAUCGGCUGACCCCGGAGCUUUCUCGCCAGAACCGGCCUGCGCUGGGGCUGAGCAGUGGGAAGAUGGGGAUGGGGAGAACCACCUAGAAGACUUCAUGGGCCUAUCGAGGGGACUCUUUUUAACUUUGUGGGUGGUGGGGGUUGGGAUGGUUUUGCAAACUAUGGGACUAUCAUUAGGGUCACCUGCGAUAAGAAAUAGGGGUUUCUCAGAUGAUGCCAGAGCCAGCGUUUGCACUGGGUUUCCUCAAAUGAUCUGUUUGAAUCUUGUGACUUCUUCCCUCCUCCUCCUCCUCCUCCUCUUUAUCCCCUCCCCCUUGCCCUCUUGGGCUUCCGUUCUUGGCCUGUUACCAAGAUUUGAACGACCACGUUACCCUUGCUCCUUUCUAAUUAUUCAUUUACGACCUCCCCGUCCUGCCCCUUAGAGGCUCCCUCGGUCCCCUGGCCAUUAAGUCUCCCCUCAAGAGGAAGAUGGGUGAAGGUAAACUUCUAAAGGAUCAUCUUGAUAAAGCCAGGGCUAUUAAAAGAAUGGAACGUGCAGCGUCCUGUUAUAGCUCUGAUUUCUCCUGCGGGAAACGGGCUGAUGAAAGAAUUACGGUCUCCGAUCCUGGCCCCCUUUAACAAGCAGUUGACUGUGGUCCCUGGCCUAGAGAAAAUUAACCAGUCUUUUUUCCUACUUCGCCACUCUAUAUCAGUUCCUGUUCUCACACGUUGGAUCCGGAGGUUGCCCAGGGGUGAUGUAGAAUCCAAGAGGUUAUACGCGGUAUUCUCAGAGCUGAGAGGACUCAGUGUGCAGAUUCGCCACUCAAGCUCAGACAGGGAGCCGCGGGGGAAAGUGUUUUGGCUGCUCCUGGAAUCUGUCGCCUGAAGUCAAGCGGCCCCGAAUAACUCGUGCAGCAUCUCCGCCCGCUGUUAGGACGGAUGGGUCAGGUAUGGGAGAAGUCCCCAGCCAUUUGUUUCACUGACCCUGCGCAGAGUAGCUUGGUACAAAGGGAGAGCGAGCAGACGAGAGCCUGUUUUCCGUAUUACAGGGAACGGUACGACCUGAGACUGAGUUACUCGCUGGCCUCUAGGCAGCAGAAGGAAAACCAGACUGUUUCUGGGCUUAAUCCCUCGUUGGUUUCUGGAAGAACUGACAGCACUUCUUCGGAACCUUGGACUGGCCUCCCCUCCCCUCUCCUUAACUCUCCUGUGGCUUAGGGGCUUUUUCUGAGUGAACCCCCUGGCUAAGUUAGACCUAAAUUAGGGUAGCGCUUGCAGUGAGCUGACACAUCCAUCAGUGACGUUGAAUCCAAGGUGAUAAAAUCAAGGCGCAGUUCUCCUUCCGUUGGUCUUGUUUCUCAUUAAAUGAGAUUUGCUGGGGAAUUGGAAUUAUUUAUUUAGAGUCCAAAUCUUUAUCCCUCCUCGGCCUCAUCCUCCCAUUGCCCCUACCAUCCUCACCCACCUCUUUCACCCAAAGCUAUACCUAGAAUUUUACUCAGAGCCUCCCAUGUUUCCGUUUUUAAUUUUUAUAGGUAAUUUAAAAUAUGCCUGCAUUUUCUUAGGGUGCGUGGUGCAGGCGGGUACUGGGACUCAAUGUGGCUAUAAAAGAAAGUUAAUGCUGAAAUGAGGCUGCUUAAAGAAUUGUGAAUUUCCGAGUUCUGCUUUUUCCCCCAUCCCGUAAUGCUGUAGACAAAGUGAUCUCUCUAACCUGAGUUGAUGAUGGUUUGCAAUACGUUUUGCUGUACCAUGGUCAUAAAUACGACAACUUUUGUCUUGCAGCUGUUUUCAUUCCUUGGCUAUUAUUUAGGGAAAAGUCAUGUGGGAUUUGUACAGAUUACCUGUAAAGUAUUGGAUUGGGGAUUUUUGUGUAAAUUUUCUCAAAUAAAAUUUGGAGGAAACCA